AUGACGUGUCAUCACCUGCUGCGGUCGCCGCAGCACCUUCUCUCGCUCUCCCGCCUCUCUCCCGCGCCGUGCGGCGGAUCACACGUCAGCGCAUCCCUCACAGCCACGUGUCACGCUGGCAUUGGCAGAUCCGCUCUCUGGCGCGGAACCCCUAUUUUCACAGACGAACGGUCAAGAUUAAACCAUCGGCGGCAUCGCACUUCCGUCGUCCGAGCCGCGGCAGCAGCAGGAAAUGAUGACGUGUCUACCAGCUCAGUCACCAGUGGCGAGUCGAAGCGGCCGCAUUCCGCCAUUCGCGAGAUUCAGCGCCAGCUGGCCAAUGGCGAGCGGACAGCUGUCGGCGUGGCGGAGGAGUAUCUGGAGCGGCUGGAGGCGCAGGAGGGCCAACUGAGAAGCUUCCUCCACACCGACAGGGAGGCGGUGCUGCAGCAGGCACGGGAAGUUGAUGCUGCCCUGGCGUCCCAGUCGGGCAGCGGAGAGAAAAGUUUGGGGCUGCUAACCGGAGUGCCCAUGGGGGUGAAGGACAACCUGUGCACACGUGGCAUGCCCUCCACCGCUGCCUCUAAGAUCCUCAAGGGUUACAUGCCGCCAUACGAUGCAACAGCAGUGGGGAGGGUGAAGGCGGAGGGGGCGGUGGUGGUGGGGAAGACCAAUAUGGACGAGUUUGGCAUGGGCAGCACCACUGAGGGCUCUGGUUACCAGAUAACAGCCAACCCCUGGGACCACUCGCGAGUGCCAGGCGGCAGCUCAGGAGGCUCCGCUGCUGCUGUGGCGGCCGGGCAAUGCGCCGUGGCUCUGGGCUCUGACACAGGGGGUAGUGUGCGUCUCCCUGCAUCAUUCUGCGGCAUAGUGGGUCUGAAGCCCUCCUACGGCCGGGUGUCCCGCCUGGGCCUCAUGGCCUAUGCGUCCAGUCUCGACUGCGUGGGCGUGCUGGGUCGAUCGGUGGAAGACACUGCGAUCGUGCUGCAGGCGAUGGCAGGGAGAGACGACGGGGACAGCACGUGCAGCAAGGAGCCUGUACCAAACUACACAGCCGGCCUCCUCCCCAUCGCUGCACUCGCCUCCAAGCCGCUGACAGGUGUCCGCCUCGCAUUGGUCCAGGAGACCAUGGGCGCUGGCGUCGAUGCUGACGUGGCACAGGCCGUCCGGGCGGCGGCGGCGCACUACGAGACGCUCGGAGCCACCGUGGAGGAGGUGUCCCUGCCAUUCUUCGCCAGUGGCCUGCCAGCCUACUACAUCCUCGCUCCCUCUGAGGCCUCUUCCAACCUCUCCCGAUAUGAUGGCAUCAGGUUUGGCCCGCAGCAGCAAGGCUCGGACCUCACAUCUCUCUACAGCAAUACACGAGGCCAAGGCUUUGGCAAGGAGGUGAAGAGGCGCAUUCUAAUGGGCACGUACGCGCUCUCUGCAGGCUACUAUGACGCCUACUACAAGAAGGCACAGCAGGUGCGCACGAUGAUUCGGCGGGAGUUCCUGGCAGCUCUGGAGGGCCAUGACGCGCUCAUCACCCCCACCGCUCCCACCACGGCUUACCGCAUCGGUGAGAAGACAUCGGACCCCCUCGCCAUGUAUGUUGGAGACCUCAUGACGGUCAAUGUGAACUUAGCCGGACUGCCGGCCAUUUCCCUGCCCUGCGGGUUGGCCCCAGGUGGCCCCCAUGGCCUGCCCAUCGGCCUUCAGAUUAUCGGCGCUCCCUUUGCUGAGGCGGCAAUUCUCAAGUACGCGCACGCGUUUGAGCAGACCACUCCUGCAUGGCAAUCAGGACUCGUUAUUGCAUCGCCUGUUACCGCUGCUGCUUCCACAUAG